AUGUACAGCUUCAUGGGAGGAGGCCUGUUCUGCGCCAUUGUGGGGAACAUCCUGCUGGUGGUGUCCAUUGCCACUGACUACUGGAUGCAGUACCGCCUCUCUGGCAGCUUUGCCCAUCAGGGCCUGUGGAGGUACUGCAUGUCUGGCAAAUGCUACAUGCAGACCGACAGCAUUGCCUACUGGAAUGCCACGCGUGCCUUCAUGAUCCUGUCUGCUAUGUCUUGCUUUGCUGGUAUAAUUGCUGGAAUCUUGUCCUUUGCCCACUUCUCUGCAUUUGAGAGGUUCAACCGAUCCUUUGCUGCUGGGAUCAUGUUCUUUGUUUCCACUCUGUUUGUACUCCUGGCCAUGGCUAUCUACACUGGAGUCACAGUCAACUUUCUGGGGAAGCGUUUUGGUGACUGGCGCUUUUCCUGGUCCUAUAUCCUUGGCUGGGUGGCUCUACUCAUGACAUUUUUUGCAGGUAUAUUCUACAUGUGUGCCUACAGAAUGCAUGAGUGCCGAAGAGUGGCUGGACCUCGCUAG